CGCAGGAAUCAGAGAUCUUUCUUUUGUCCUCUUGUUCGGGACCCCGACACAUGGGGUCAACGCCGGCUGGAUGGGUUCACAGUGACGGGCUGCCUCGGACGCGGACGCACGCAGACGUCGAUGAGAGCGCGCGCUAAUUAGGAAAACCUGGUCGAGCAAUUAAGCGCGAGGAGAGAAGACGCGCGGGUCGGAGCGCAGAAGCUCAUUUAGCUCCCCGGUCACUUUGGCACCAUGAGUUGGAGCUUCCUAACUCGUCUGCUGGAUGAGAUCUCCAACCACUCCACCUUCGUGGGGAAGAUCUGGCUGACAGUGCUCAUAAUCUUCCGCAUCGUGCUGACAGCCGUCGGCGGUGAAACCAUCUACUACGAUGAACAGAGUAAAUUUGUCUGCAACACGCAACAGCCUGGGUGCGAGAACGUGUGCUACGAUGCGUUUGCGCCGCUCUCACAUGUCCGAUUCUGGAUCUUUCAGGUGAUCCUGAUUACCACCCCCACCAUUAUGUACCUGGGCUUCGCCAUGCACAAGAUAGCCCGCAUGGAAGACACCGAGUACCGGCCAGUCCGGAACCAGAAGAAGAGGAUGCCCAUCGUCAGCCGCGGGGCAGUUCGAGACUACGAGGAGGCAGAGGACAAUGGAGAGGAAGACCCCAUGAUCGCUGAAGAGAUUGAGCAAGACAAGACGGACAAAGCAGAAAAAAGCUCAGAGAAAAAGCAUGACGGCCGCCGGCGGAUCCUGCGUGAUGGCCUGAUGAAAGUCUACGUUUGCCAGCUGCUGUGGCGCUCUGCCUUCGAGAUCGCCUUCCUCUUCGGCCAGUACGUGCUCUAUGGCUUCGAGGUGAUACCGUCCUAUAUCUGCACUCGCUCGCCAUGCCCGCACACCGUGGACUGCUUUGUGUCCCGCCCCACGGAGAAGACCAUCUUCCUGCUGGUGAUGUACGUUGUGUCUUUCCUCUGCCUGCUCCUCACCAUCUUUGAAAUCGUCCAUUUGGGGGUCGGUGGCAUCCGCGACACAUUCCGCAGGCGGGCCACCCUCACCUCGCGUGCACCACGUCCAUCUUCCUCGCGUUCCAUGCCGACGGCUCCGCCGGGAUACCACGCCACCAUGAAGAAGGAGAAACUGAAAGGAGAGCUGAGGGACUCGCCAAUGGGAGACUCCGGGCGGGAGAGCUUUGGGGACGAGGGGCCGUCGUCCAGGGAGCUGGAGCGGUUGAGGAGGCACCUGAAGCUGGCCCAGCAGCACCUGGACCUGGCCUACCAGGCAGAUGAAGGAAGCCCUUCAAGAAGCAGCAGCCCCGAGGUCAACACGGCAGCACAGACGGCUGCCGAGCAGAACCGGCUUAACUUUGCCCAGGAAAAGCAGGGAGAGGCGAGCGAGAAAGGAAUACAUGCCUGAGCGUGCUUCCUGCCUCAAACGUCUGCCCUUCCAUUCCUACUGGCCUUAAACACAUGGGGGAAGCACAUAUGGGAGUGCAGUCAGACCACUGAGGGAGACCAGAGCGUGUUUGUGUGUGUGUGUGUGUGUGUGGAUGGACGAGAGAAUUAUGCCUUUCAGUAUUAGGGGUCAGUCAGAAAUAAAGAAAAAUGCUGACCAAGCUGUGUUGUGACAAAUGGUUCAUCUCCACCACUCUAAACUUGAAAGCCCGCUACAUCUCAAGUUUCUACUUGCCGAACUACGUCCAAACCCUGACUGUGCCUUUCGGCUAAAACCAAGUCUACACCCUGUUCUUUCGCCCACUCUGUGUUUUUGUGGCUCGUCCAUUUCAGACCUUGUAAGGAUUAUCCAAAGCUUUCAACUCCUCUGGCCAAGUGUACUUCUGUUGUCUUCCUCACAAAAGGGGAAAAAGGCUCUUUGUUUAUACGAUGUUGCUGGAUGUUAAUGUCUUAUUUUGUUUGCCUCAGAGAGAAUCUCAAACAACACAGCCGUGGGUUAUGUCAUUUCUGGAGCAUGUGCAACAGCUUUUUUUUUUUUUUUUUUUUUGAUAUGAGGGCGGCUUAACCUGUGCUAGAUGAGUCAUGUUUCAUGUUUAAUUUAAACAGAUUUAAUGUUGGGGAUUAUUUGGUGUUUAUUAGCCAGAAGCCACAUCAUAACUAAAAUAUUUGACAGAUUUUGAAGCCUGUAUAUUUACUCCAAUCGGCCAAAAAUGUUUACCUGGGAAAUGCUUGAAUUCUUCAUUGACAGGAAAUGUUCCAAGGAAUUUCCAAGUAUAAUUUUUUUUUUUGUACAAUAAAUUCAUUUAAAAUACUCCAUUUAUAUUACCUGUACCUUUUCGCAAUGAUUCACAAAGUAUACCUUUGUCCAGAAGGAAGUGUUUGCAUCAUGAAGGCCACUUAUUUCACAUGACUGCUGAAAAGCAGGCUCUUGGUUGUUGGUCAAUCCCUUUCUUCCCUAAAUUACUUUAGCAUGCAAAAGUCAAAAUUUUUGUCACUGCAUAGUUAAGUGAGUAGAAGAUGAACUAACCAAAACUGGCUCAACAGACAUUGCUAUUUUUGUUUUGUACAUUUUUUUAAGAGGGGAAUGAGAGUCAUAGAAAAUAGAUUUGAGUUCUUGUGACUUGUACCAAGGUCUCAGUUAUCUUAACUAUAUUGUUACGGCUAUGGCCUGAGCACAAUAAUUGUUAGAAAAGGCAAAUUGAUGCAAAUAUUUGAAAAACUCUCCAAACCUUGUCCCAACAAUGAGUAGCCAGGGGCUCCUCUAAGCAGCUGCCUGCACUCUGGAAUUUAAAUAAUUGAUGCCCGCAAAGCAGAAAAAGGCCAUAGGAAGACAGCAAAGCCUUUGCAGGUAGUUUCUUCAGUUCAUCUUGUCAGUUAACAUCAACAGUGGAGGUCAAGUUGUGGUCUGGAAGACCAAGAACAUUUUUAUAGAAAACUGCAUGUAGAAAUGUUAAAAAGACAAAUGAAGUCCCCUAUUUGACUGCAAAACCUUAAGGAAGAUUUUGCAGAUACUGAAGUGGUGGUGCUCCGUUGUCCUGUUCAGCUACACCUGUACAAAUAGGACCUUCAUGGAGGAGUCCUCAGAGUCACCGCAAAAUUCAGCGUCAGACGUUUACAAAGGAACAUCCAAACAAGCCUGAUGCUUUUUCGAUGCAGUUUUAAUAGAACAUUUUGGCUGCAAUGAGCAAAAUUAUGUUUGGAGAAAAAAGGGUGCAGCAUUUCAUGAAAAGAACACGUCUCCAACUGUCAAGCAUGAGGGUGGAUCGAUCAUGUUUUGGGCUUGUGUUGCAGCCAGUGGCACAUGUAACAUUUCACUGGCAAAGAGAACAAAUGCCUUCAGUUAAGUACCAGCCAAUUCUACAAUCAAGCAUCACAUCGUACGUAAAAAAGCUGAGGACGAAAAGAGGAUGGCUUCAAGAACGGUAUAAUGAUCUGAAACACACCCCAUAGUCCACAAUGGACUACCUCAAGAGGACCAAGCUGAAGGUUUUGCCAUGGCCCUAACAGUCCCCAGCCAAAGCGUCAUUGACAAUCUGGAUGAGCAGUGCGCGCAAGACGGGCAAAGAAUCUCACAGAGCUAGAAGCCUUUUGAAAAAAAAUGGGCAAAUAUCCUGCAAAGCUGGCUACAAAAAGCGUUUUUUAAAGUAAUCAGUGGAAUAAAUGCAAAAGAAAUGUGUCACCUUAAACGUUAUGCCUUUUGGAAAUCAGGUCAUCUUUCACUUGCUUAGCUACUCACAGUAACAGAAAUUUUGACCAGGGCUUGCUGGCCAAACAUUUUCAUGCCGCUGCAUGUACGAUAAAAUGAUUCUUAAUGUUUGUGCAGAAGUUAUAAACUAGAAUUUUUUGUGGGUUUUAUUUUUGCUUAACAGCUGAAAACAUCUGUCUUCUGCUACUGUCAACGGUGAAACUCUAUCCUUGUCUUUUGAAAUUUACAUUCUUCUUUAGUGAGACAUUUUUUUCCACCCAUGACAUGCACCACUACCCCUCCAUUGUGCUGAAACAUGGAUGCUUUCAUGCAUCCCAGAAAAACACAUCCCAGCUGAGGAAAGGAUGACAGUUGGCUGCUGACGCACAGCCUGGUGCCAUGUAAACACAUAAUCUUCACUUCAUCAUGAAACUUUUGAUCAAUAGCUUUCUGUGUUCAUACUUCUUCAUAGCCUGUCAGUUGGUUUUACGAUCUUUGGCUGAAACAAUGAAACUACAGAUUGCCAAAGAGCUGUUAGAUUGCUGUACUUUUUGUAAUCAUCUCACUCUCAAUUUUGCUACUUAAUGCAAGGUACGACAUUCCAUUUUGAAUAUGGUACUUCUUCAGUGGUUUAUACUUUUUGUUUCUAUUGCAAGUUUUGUAGUUUUUGUAACUGUAGAGAUUAUUUUGUCUUCAGAGUAAAUAAAUAUAUUUGAACUGUA